UGACACACAGCUCAGGAGCUGGCCUGGAGGAGCUGAGCCUCUAGAGACGCAGCCAGGACUUAAUUAGAAACCAAGAGACUGCUAUCAUGGCGGGGAAGCCCAAGCUUCACUACUUCAAUGCACGAGGCAGAAUGGAGUCCAUCCGGUGGCUCUUGGCUGCAGCUGGAGUAGAGUUUGAAGAGAAAUUUAUAGCAAGUCCGGAAGAUUUGGAUAAGUUAAGAAAUGAUGGGCGUCUGAUGUUCCAGCAAGUGCCAAUGGUCGAGAUUGAUGGGAUGGAGCUGGCGCAGACAAGAGCCAUCCUCAACUACAUCGCCAGCAAGCACAACCUCUACGGGAAGGACUUAAAGGAGAGAGCCCUGAUCGACAUGUAUAUAGAAGGUAUGGCAGAUUUGAAUGAAAUGAUCAUUAUGUUCCCCAUGCAUCCACCUGCAGAAAAAGAUGCCAAGCUUGCCUUCAUCAAAGAGAAAACAACAAAUCGCUAUUUCCCUGCCUUUGAAAAAGUGUUAAAGAGCCACGGACAAGACUACCUUGUUGGCAACAGGCUGAGCCGGGCUGACAUCCACCUGGUCGAACUUAUCUACAACGUGGAAGAGCUGGACCCCAGCCUCACCGCCAACUUCCCUCUGCUGAAGGCCCUGAAAACCAGAAUCAGCAACCUCCCCACCGUGAAGAAGUUUCUGCAGCCUGGCAGCCAGAGGAAGCCUCCUGUAACUGCGGAAGCUAUAGAAGCAGCAAGGAAGGUUUUCAAGUUUUAAAAAAGCAGGCAUGGAUGAGAAGCCCAUGCAAGACCAAUAAUCUCUUUGCAACAACGAAGUGCUUGCCUCCUGCUGAGGGUGGCUAUUGUGAAGCUAAUAUACUUUUUCAAAUUAUGUACUAAUCAAAUAAAAAUAACUCCUAU